CCCGUUACCCGCCGCUGGGGCCUAACACCAAGUUGUGGGCUCGCGGAUCAGCCGUCCGCCAGCCGUGGAAACGCGAUAAGAGCCAGACGGUUCGCAGAAGGAAAUUUCUGAUGCAACUCUCCGCCUUCGCUGGUCGCCUCUCCAAACGCCUGCCUUGCGACUGCCCUGCAGCCUGUGCGUUAUGGAAAUGAGGGUAUUCUCGACUUUUGAUGGGGUUCGUCUUUUCCGGGCGGUGGAAGGAACGCCAACUUUGUGCCAUUCGCCCCUGACCGGAACGGUGGGCAGGGUAGGGGAGCCGCGGGGGACGUGGACCCGCUCCCGGAGCUUGGCGACGCGUCGGGAAAGAUCGCGUGCCUGCAAACGUUGUAUCCACUUUCAUUGAAGAGAUGCAAAGAAAAAAGGCCCCAAAACAAGUAGCGCUCCUUUGGAGCCGGGUAUGAGGCUGAACCGGAGCAGGGAGCUGUGGGGAGCGGGAGCCCCGCGACCGUGACUGGCACCUGGUUCUCACCUGGGUCCUCGUGGUCGAGCCGAGGCGGCUGCCAAACCAGCGGAGCCGGAGCGAGCCCCUGACAGGUGCUGAAGAAGGAGCCCAUGGCUUUAGCCGGCUGCCCGGAUUCCUUCUUGCACCAUCCGUACCACCAGGACCAGGUGGAGCAGACACCCCCCGUCAGCCCACGAGACCUGGCAGGACCUGGCUUCCCAGCGCAGCCUGACCGGCUCACCAAUCACCAGGAGGAUGACGUAGACCUGGAAGCCCUGGUGAACGAUGUGAGCGCAUCCCUGGAGAGUCUGUACCCGGCCUGUAGCAUGCAGUCAGAGACGGUACCCCUGCUCCAGAAUGGCCAGCACGCCCGCAGCCAGCCGCCACCCUCAGGAACAAGGUCCCUCCAGCCGCAGGCGUCCCCGCGACUGCAGGUGCAGCGCUCACAGCCUGUGCACAUCCUCGCUGUCAGACGCCUGCAGGAAGAAGGUGAACAGUUCAGGACAUCGUCUCUGCCGGCCAUCCCCAACCCUUUCCCCGAGCUCUGCGGCCCCGGGAGCCCCCCACUGCUGACGAGGGGCUCCUUACCUCCCAGCCAGGCGGCUGCAAAACAGGUGAGCGUGCGGUCCCGGGUUCGAGUGGCAGGCCACCGGGCUGCGGGGUGAGGACAGAUGUGCUGG